ACCAGGCUCGAACCCUGAACGGACCGAAUCGUUUUUUUUCUAAAAUCUUUUUUUGUUCAUUAUUGCUUAAAACUCACCAAAAUUGCUAAGGGAACCAUCGCAAAACAUCAGAAAAAAUUUCUGCUAUAAGAAUUUCAUAAGAAUUCAAUAAGAAACUAAUAAGAACUCUUAUCACUUUCUUAUGAAAUUCUUAUAAGAUUCUUACUCGAUUCUUAUCUGAUUCUUACGAAAUUCGUGCAACUUUCGUGCCACUUCUUAUAUACGAAUCUGAUAAGAAUCGGAUAAGAUUCUUAGGAAAAGCAGACAAUAAGCUGGCAAGAUCUUUACCAGAUUCCCGUCCAAUUCUUACAUAAGAAUUGACGACUAGGGAGAGAACUCUGAAUUAUAAACACUGAUCUAUUCAUCAGACGGAAAGUAAGCAGCAUAUUAUGGACUUUCUUCAAACACUCACAAGCUUUCUCUUAAAGACUGUACAAUAUUCUGUAUGAUCAAUCCGUAAAAAUCGUUGCCCUACUUUGUCACAAUACGAGCCCGAGCCCCAACUGUACCUAAAACGAUAUCAUGUGUCAUUUGAGCCAACUUUUCCUUAGAACCAGAGAAAAACUCAAUGAGUAUUGGAUAUAAAAAUAUUCGUGAAAAAUAUUCUGUAUAAAUGACAUAAUGGCUCAUUCCUAAUAAUUAAAGUACGAUGUUCAGCGAAGCUAUGUGUCAUUUAUUAAUUUGACAAAUAGUGCUUUUGUGACUGUUUGGAGACAUCGAUGUUGUGCUUAACUAUGUUUUUUUAAAUAUACAUAUUUAGAAACAUAGCUGUUCUUGCAGUAUUUUUACUUUGAAGACUAUCUCAUAUACGUAAGGCUGUAGGAUCAGAUGUAUUCAUUUUUCACAAACGACACAAAUGUAGUAUAGUAGAUAUUUAGUCGGAUCUGUGCACGAGCAAAAGUGAAAGAAUUUUCUUUUGAAGAAACGUGGUUAGUUUCUGUCAUAAGUCUAAUGUUUCACUACAAGGAGAAGAAUCUUCUCUGUGGACGAAAUGAAUAUACGUCCACUUUUCUCUAGUAAUACACUGGCUCUACUGUACAUACGUAGUUUACACGUAUAUGAUCAUAGUUUUGACAAAAGAAAAACAUAGAAAAUUUUUCUACAACAAAGAAGUGUAGAGACAUACAUAGAAUAAAAUAUAGUCUAUAGAUUAGAUAAAUAGUUGCUGUGACUUUCGAUUUCUUCUUGCAGAUCUUGACUUGUGAAUUAUUAAAAAAAUUGUUUUUGAGAAAAAGAAUGUCGUUCAAUUUGAUUGUCAUAUUUAUAACGAUUAUUUAUGCUGUUUUAUUGCGAUUGCUCGGUCAGUAAAUUUACUUGUUUUUGUGAUCGUAUGCGCUACGUGUUGUAUUAUUUGUUUCUUACAGAUGCUUUUGUGAGUAUCGUAGAAGACACUCACAGUAUUUUCAGAUUAAUUUUAAUUUUUACAAUCAUUGGAUGUGGGUGGAUCAUCAUUCAGUGGAUCGAGAACGCCCAUGUAGCGAAUUGGUAUGAAGAACUUCAAGUUAUAGGAGGUAUUGCGGAUGAAGAAUAUAUUCGGGAUGGAGAUCGUCAAGUUGAAGAAGGUAUUCGGGAUGAAGAUCGUCCCCAGGCCGUGCAAAAUGAGAUAAAAAUUAGCCAUGAAUGA